GUUAAAUCUUAUGAAUGCACGUUUGCUUUAGGAGAACGUUUCUUAUUGAGGCAGUAAACUACAAGCGUGUAUGCCUGUGAAAAAGAACUUGCUUUUUCAAAUUAAAUUUUGUUUUCUUUGAUGCUUGUCUUUAUCUAUUUUACUCUGCUACUAAUAACUGAAAGAACUGAAAAAAUAAUGUAUUUCUGAAAGUCACUUGCACCCAGAAAAGAUGAUACCUCGUGUAUUUUUAUUUAAAGGAUUGGUGGAACUGUACUUCCUAUACAAAAUUUUACCGAUCUUUGAAUAUACUUGUACAUGAUUGGCUGUACUCCUACAUCUAUUGUGAUAUGUACGCUAUUUUGAAAAGCAGAACUGUUGCUAUGUUGUCAGUUUUUAUGCUAUCUGCAAUUGUUCACGAAUAUAUCGUAGCCAUUUCUCUCAGAUUUAUAUUCCCUCCUUUAUUCACAUUAUUUUACAUAGCUGGUAUUAUAUUCAUUUUUAUGACUCGAAGAAGAACCUCAAACUUCUGGAACUUUUUCCUUUGGUUUACUUUGUUGCUAGGAUAUGGACUUUUACUAGUUUUCUACUCUUUGGAAAUGUCUGCCAGGAUCAACUGCCCGAGGAUUUUAGAUUCUUGGCUAGACUAUGCAGUUCCUCGGUUUCUCCAUUGCAAUGUGAUAUCUUUCCCAGUUUAGCGUAAAAGUUUAGUUAAAAAGCUUUUUAGUAAAAAUAUAACAAUCUAACUCGACCUGUAUUCUAAAUAAAUAGAA